AAAGCUUCAUUGUGGUUUUUCCUUGAAGAUCUUUCAGUUAGCCAACCAAAUGUUCUGAUGCCAAACACGUUGAGUGUUGGAGACAUCAUUGUCGACGAUGAUCAGCUUCUGGAGGAUUUGCCAAAAAACUUGUUGGAGUUUGUCUCGUCUCCUAAAUAUUAUAUGGGCUGUGUGCUAGUCUCAUUUGGAAGUGUUUUAAAAUCCUUGCCAAAAACAACAGUUGAUGCUUUCUGCAGAGCAUUCAAACGUUUCAAAAAUACGAUGUGUUUUGUUUGGAAGUAUCCCGGCAAGCUGGAUGAUGUUUGUCCACAUUCUGAGAAUAUUUAUUUAAUGUCUUGGGUGCCGCAGAAAAAUUUGCUGGCACAUGUCAACGUCAAAUUGUUUAUAAGUCACGGAGGAUUGAGUAGUUUAAUCGAGUCAGUUUAUUUUGAGAAGCCGAUGAUAAUCUUUCCAUUAAUAUUUGAUCAAUUCGGUAAUUCAGCUACAGCAGAAGAGAGAGGUUACGCCAUUUCAAUGGUUAUCAGUAAUUUCCGCGUUGAAAACUUAAUAGAUAACAUCAGGAACAUGACCGCAGAUGCCUCGCCCUACCUCAAAUCCAUACAAUUUUAUUCGAAAAUUUUAAAAUACAAAACCGAAAAACCCAACGUCAGGGUUUCUAGAUUGAUUAAUCACGUGAUUGAAUAUGGCGACGCUCAUUUGAGGACGUCAGCUUACGAUUUGAACUUUAUUCAAUAUUUCAUGAUAGAUAUCAUCGUUUUUACCCUAUUGGUUCUCAUUUCAACCACCCUCUUCUUAUUG